GAAGGCACAGGUGGCAGAGUGCCCCUGCUGUGUCCCAAGGCCACACUGCCCGACACCUGCCGAGAGGGGGAGCCAAGGAGCUCUGGGCUUGGUCCUGGGACACCCCUUUGACACUGUAAAGGUGCGGCUACAGACCCAGACCACAUACCGGGGCAUCAUCGAUUGCAUGGUCAAGACUUACCGCCAUGAGUCGAUCCUGGGCUUCUUCAAGGGGAUGAGCUUCCCCAUCGCCAGCAUAGCUGUGGUCAACUCGGUCCUGUUUGGGGUCUACAGCAAUGCCCUGCUGCUGCUCACAGCCACCUCCCACCAGGAGCGGCGGGUCCAGCCUCCAAGCUAUACGCACGUGUUCAUAGCCGGCUGCACCGGAGGUUUCCUGCAGGCCUACUGCUUGGCCCCUUUUGACCUCGUCAAAGUUCGGCUACAAAACCAGACAGAGCCGAGGGCACAGCCUGGGAGCCGCCCACCCCGGUACCGGGGGCCCGUGCACUGCGCGGCCUCCAUCUUUCAGGAGGAGGGGCCCUGGGGGCUGUUCCGGGGAGCCUGGGCUCUGACGCUGAGGGACACCCCCACCUUGGGGAUCUACUUUGUCACCUAUGAAUGGCUCUGUCGCCAAUCCACGCCAGAGGGCCAGAACCCCAGCUCGACCACAGUGCUGGUGGCAGGGGGCUUUGCAGGCAUUGCCUCCUGGGUUGCAGCCACCCCCCUGGACGUGAUCAAGUCCCGGAUGCAGAUGGACGGGCUGAGGCAGAGGGCGUACCGGGGGAUGCUGGACUGCAUGGUCACCAGCGCCCGGCAGGAAGGGCUGGGGGUCUUCUUCCGGGGGCUGACCAUCAACAGUGCGCGCGCCUUUCCUGUCAACGCCGUCACCUUCCUCAGCUACGAGUACACUCUCCAUUUGUGGGGAUGAGCCUGGCCAGGCACUGCCAGCGGCUGGCUCCCCAGUGGGACUGACCGGCACCCAGCUGCCCAGGAUGGAGGCCGGGUUGGAAGCACCAGGUGGGGAUUUGAAUGCAAGAGGCUCAACCUUCCUUGUCAAGGCACCUCCCAGCCCAGAAGACGCAGAUGCUGAUGGGGGAACAGCACUAGGGGGCAGGCCCCCUGCCCCCGGCUCUGGGCUCUGUCCAGAAUCCAAGGCUGGCCCCAGCCCCCCCCCCGUAGCGCUUGCCUCGAUUCCUUUGUAAACCGCCUAACCAGUGGUGCUGGUGACAUUCCGGCCCCCGUCCUGUGACUUUAGCCUGUAAGAGCUCUAGCCUCUACUCGCUGCCUGGGUGCUCACCAUCCCCUGGGCUCCAGAGGCAGCAUCCUCCUUCGCUUCCCCCGCCCCCGCCCCACACACACACCUCUCCCUGUCUGACUUGAGAGCAGCCUUUACAUCUCCUGGGCUUCAGAAUCCUUCAAUGACUCCCAUCGCACUCAGGGAAAAGCCCAAACACCCCCGCCCCCGCUUCCCCACCGACCAGGCAUCCCCCUGCCCAUGAGCUCUCCUGCUGGUGGAGAACAAGCCAUGCCUGCUCCUGCCUUAGCCUACGCUCCAUCCCCUGGCCCUUACUGAGGGGUCCCCCCACCAUCCCCUGGGCUGGGCCCGCUCCCAGACCCUGGCUGAGCACUGUCCCCUCCGCCUACCCCAGCCUGAUCCCCUGCUCACCUGGAUCGUGGUCCUCAUCCUUGUCAUGGUGGCUGCUUGACUUCUCUGCUCCCCCAUUAAACUGCGAGCUCCUUGAGGUCUGUGGUCGCACAUCUGCUCAUUUCCCGGCUCAGAGCCUGGUGCUCGAAGCAGCCCGGUAAAUGCCUGUUGAAUGAGGUGGCGUUGCACUCCCGGCCUCUCUCCCGACUCCAGCCACCCCACCUGCUUCCUUGGUGCAGACCCUUCCC